AUGAAAAAUUCAAAAAAAAAAUCCAAAUCGAGCAAUGUCAAUCUGCAGUUAAAUAGUGAUAAUAGUAAUGAGAUCGAUGAAAUAUUUUCGGCAGCAAAAAAUAAAAAAGCGUCUUCUCGUUCUUCACCCGUCCGAGAAGCAAAAUCUCAAACUACUAAUUCGAAAGACACUGCACCUGAAUCUCCUUCCGCGAUAUCAACUAACGAGAGAAUUGACGAUGAUGAAAAAGAAAAAUUAAAAUCUUCAAAAGCUAAAGAAUUUGUGUUCAAGGUACCAGCCAUACCUGACCGUUCGAAAUCGAAUAAACGAAAAUUAAUACAGAAUGAUGAUGACGGGUUCAGUGACUCCCGAGGAACAAAGAUUCGCAAGUCGACUGAAGAUGGAUUCGCUAUUUAUAAUGCCAACGAAUUAAACAUUGGAAAUGGUGGAGAUACACCGCUGUGCCCAUUUGAUUGUGAUUGUUGUAAGCAUCUUCCAGAACUCCAAUCAUGUUGA